AUGUGUGCAGGCGGCUGUGGAGCCACGAAGGUGGACAAAGCUGAGAGCUCGACCUCGGGCCGAGGUGCCGACUGGAAGCAGGAUCUGGUGAAAUCACAGACGCUUCCACGCUCCAACGGCGCUCAGGCCAGACGGGCGCUCUUCGAGAGGCUGAACUCAGAGCCUUGCAAGCCCAAGUCCCAGGAGUCCAAGCCCAAGCUGAAGCGCUCUCAGAGUUUCGGCAUGUCCAGCGCCAGCGGGAUCAAACAGAUCCUCUUGGAGUGGUGUCGCUCUAAAACCAUCGGCUAUCAGAACAUAGACAUCCAGAACUUCUCGUCCAGCUGGAGCGACGGCAUGGCUUUCUGCGCCCUGGUCCACUCCUUCUUCCCUCUGGAGUUUGACUUCAACACGCUGGACCCUGCCAACCGCAAACACAACUUGCAGCUGGCCUUCACUACUGCAGAGGAGCAGGCCGACUGCAUGCGUCUGAUCGAGGUUGAGGACAUGUUGGAGAUGGGGGACAAGCCAGACCCGAUGUGUGUGUUCACAUACGUCCAAUCCCUCUACAACCACCUGAAGAAGUUUGAAUGACUGUACCACAGGCAACCUACAAGGAAAGACUUCCAAUCAG